AUGGUUUUGUAUAAUUUUAAAAAGAUUGCCGUCGUGCCAACGGCUAAGGAUUUUAUUGACAUCACCUUGUCAAAAACACAGAGAAAAACACCAACUGUCGUACAUAAACAUUAUAAAAUUUCUCGAAUAAGAUCUUUUUACAUGAGAAAAAUUAAAUACACUCAACAAAAUUUUCAUGAUCGCCUAUCUCAAAUAAUACAAGAAUUUCCUAAAUUGGAUGAUAUACAUCCUUUUUAUGCCGAUCUUUUAAAUAUUUUAUACGACAGAGACCAUUAUAAGUUGGGUUUAGGGCAAUUGAACACAGCUAGACAUUUAAUUGAUAAAGUGGGAAAUGAAUAUGUGAAACUUUUAAAAUUUGGAGAUUCGCUGUAUAGAUGCAAACAAUUGAAAAAAGCUGCCUUGGGUAGGAUGGCUACAAUUAUGAAAAGGCAAGCCUCUAAUUUGGAAUAUUUGGAACAAGUGAGACAACAUUUAGCCAGGUUACCCUCGAUCGAUCCAUAUGCUAGAACGAUAAUUUUGUGUGGUUUUCCUAAUGUGGGGAAAAGUAGUUUUAUGAAUAAGAUCACAAGAGCUGAUGUCGAAGUCCAACCAUAUGCAUUUACAACCAAGUCACUUUAUUUAGGGCACACAGAUUACAAAUAUUUAAGAUGGCAGAUAAUUGACACUCCGGGAAUUUUGGAUCAUCCGCUCGAAGAAAGGAAUAUAAUUGAAAUGCAAGCAGUUACAGCUCUUGUACAUUUAAGGUCAGCUGUGGUUUACAUAAUGGAUCCAUCUGAGCAAUGUGGCUAUUCUUUUGAAGAGCAAUUAAGUUUAUUCGAAAGUAUCAAACCUUUGUUUGUUAAUAAGCCAUUAAUUGUGGUGUUAAACAAAUGCGACAUAGUCAAAAAAACAGAUUUAAGUCCCGAAAGACAAGAGCUACUCGCUAAACUAGGCGAUAUACCAAUCAUGGAAAUGAGUGCGGCUAAUGAAAUAGGUGUUGCAGAAGUUAAAAUAGAAGCUUGCGAAAAAUUGUUGCAAUACAGAGUCGAAGCCAAGCUCAAAGGGAAAAAGGGAGAAGACAUACUUAAUAAAAUACACGUCGCGAUGCCAGCACCGAGAGAUGGAAAAGAAAGACUGCCAUCUAUUCCAGAAUUAUGGGAAGGUCAUAACAUAGCUGAUUAUAUCGACCCCGAAAUAUUUAAGAAAUUGAGCGAAUUAGAAGCGGAAGAGUCUCUUAGAGAAGAAGCGGGUAUGUACGCCGUACCCAAAAUCGAAGAGGAUGAAACUAUGAAAGAAAUUAGAGAGUUAGCUCAAAUGAUUCGAGACAAAAAAGUAAUAAUGAAACAAGAAGCCAGAAUAAACAAACAGAGUAACAAACCAGUUUUGCCGAGAACGACUCAAGCAAGAGGUAGAGACAGAUCGGUGGGAGCCUUGAGAAAACAAAUGGAAGGUUUGGGUGUCGACAUGUCUAAUACGGAAAACGCACACUUUACUCGAACUCGAUCUCGAUCGAGAUCAUUGAAAUCUCCGGCUGCUAAAAGAAUGAGAAUGGAUUCGUUGGGCAGAACGAGAUCGCUAUCACGCCCCCCGCGAGACGAAAUGGGAGUCAAAGAUGUUGCCAUGAAAUCUAAAUUGAACGUCAUCGGUAAAAAAGCACUCAAAAAGAAAAUUGCCAAGAAAGGUCUCAAGGGAGAAGCUGAUAGAUUUAUCGGUACCAAAAAACCUAAACAUUUGUUUUCAGGGAAGAGGGGUAUGAAAUCCGACAGAAGAUAG